UCUUGGCGGGCCCCUGGCGGUGCGCGCGGACCGCCCGGAGGCGGCGGCUCUGAGCUGGCAGGCGGAGGGCUGUCUCCCGCGCCCGCCUGCCCGGCGCGGUCCGAGGAUGCGGGGGGGCAAUGCCCGGGGCCAGGGACGCCCUCUGUCACCAGGCGCUGCAGCUGCUGGCCGAGCUCUGUGCCCAUGGGGCCCUGGAGCACGACAGCUGCCAAGAUUUCAUCUACCACCUGCGGGACCGUACCAGACCCCGGCUCCGCGACCCAGAUAUCUCAGUGAGCCUGCUGACCCUCGUGGUCACUGCCUGUGGUCUUGCCCUCUUUGGUGUGUCUCUCUUCGUGUCUUGGAAACUCUGCUGGGUUCCAUGGCGAGAACGAGGCCUGUUCUCUGGUAGCAAAGACAACAACCAGGAGCCUCUUAACUACACGGACACAGAGACCAAUGAGCAAGAGAACAGUGAGGACUUCAUAGACCCACCCACACCCUGCCUUGACUCCUCCAUGAAGAUAAGCCACACCUCCCCGGACAUUCCCCUCUCCACCCAGCCCGGGGUCCAGGAGAAUUGUGCCCAUGGGGUCCGCAUGCAGCGCCAAGUCACAGAGCCAACCUCGUCAGCUCGGCAUAAUUCAAUCCGAAGACAACUCAACCUGUCAAACCCAGACUUCAACAUCCAGCAGCUUCAAAAACAGGAACAGUUGACUGGAAUUGGUAGAAUUAAACCAGAGUUAUAUAAACAGAGGUCAUUGGAUAAUGAUGACGGGAGAAGGAGUAACAGCAAAGCUUGUGGGAAACUGAACUUCAUUUUAAAAUAUGACUGUGACUUAGAGCAGCUCAUAGUGAAGAUUCACAAAGCUAUCAAUUUGCCUGCCAAGGACUUUUCUGGGACUUCAGAUCCUUAUGUGAAAAUCUACUUGCUUCCUGAUCGGAAAACAAAGCACCAGACUAAAGUUCACAGAAAGACCCUGAACCCUGUGUUUGAUGAAGUGUUUUUAUUUCCAGUUCCCUACAGUGAUCUUGAAGCUCGGAAGCUUCACUUCUCCGUGUAUGACUUUGACAGAUUCUCUCGCCACGACUUAAUUGGCCAAGUGGUAGUGGAUCACUUCUUAGACUUGGCUGAUUUCCCCCGGGAGUGCAUCCUUUGGAAGGAUAUCGAAUAUGUCACCAAUGACAACGUAGAUCUUGGAGAGCUCAUGUUUUCCCUCUGCUAUCUUCCCACGGCUGGCAGGCUGACCAUUACCAUCAUAAAAGCAAGGAAUUUAAAGGCAAUGGACAUAACAGGAGCAUCAGAUCCCUACGUGAAAGUCUCCCUGAUGUGUGACAGCAGACGACUGAAGAAGAGGAAAACAUCCACCAAGAGGAACACGCUGAAUCCUGUUUACAAUGAAGCCAUAGUCUUUGAUGUCCCUCCUGAGAACAUUGACCAAAUCCACUUGUCUAUAGCAGUCAUGGACUAUGACCGUGUAGGUCACAAUGAGAUCAUCGGUGUGUGUCAAGUAGGCAACGAGGCUGAGAGGCUGGGCAGAGACCACUGGAGUGAAAUGCUGUCAUAUCCUCGGAAGCCCAUCGCACACUGGCACUCCUUGGUAGAGACUCUGGCUGAGAAUGACCAUCUUCUGGAUCAUGUUUGCUGCAGUGAAUACCAUCAUCUCUUUAGAAACGAUGACUGUGGAUAAGAGGACAGCAUGUGUCAAGGACACAGUAGGACAACCAUCCAACAAUGAUCUUCAGUAACUUUUUCCAUGCAGUGACACUCGGACAACUCCAGUGACCAAAUGCUCAGCUGUAAUCACAGCAAUAACUGGCCCUCUUUCCCAGUUGGGGUUGGUGAACCUGAAUGGUCCAGCCACCUUCUUCAGGUGGCCCAAGGUGAUGUGCUAUAGGGGAAGCUCGUCUCUCAUUGCCAAUAACCAGUAUUGAACUAUGGAAGAAAGCAAAUGACACAGAAUCCUAGGAGAACCAAGACUCUUAGUAAUUUAUAUAAGGCCUUGGUAAUGGGGACAUAGUACCUGCCCUGGCAAUGGUCAUUCUGACAUGGAAUUAUUUGCUUGAAUGCCCUGGAAGGAUAGAAUAUUUAAAAAUAUAUCCAGGUGCUAAAUAGGCAGCAGAUCUCAAUUCCAGUUCCACUACCUUUGAGCUAAUGGCUGUCUUCAGAGAAUAGUUUCACCCCACGAAGUACUCCAGCUUUACAAAGAAUAGCCUCAAGAGAAUAAUAGGACAAGCAGGCCAAUCCCCUGGAGAAACUCCAAUGCAAGGAGGGUUAGUUCACAGCAAAUUCACUGCCCCUUUCCAUGCACAUGGCACAGUACUAGUUGACCAUGGCUCUUUUUUCUGCUAAAACCAGAUUCUGAGUUCUGAGAUUCUAGAACAUUACUUUCUAGGUAGUCAGUAGCCAUUUCCUUUCAACUGGUGUUAUUAGAAUGAAAUUUAAUGCCCAUCCCCACUAGAGAGGCCUACCUCUCAAUGACAUAUGCAUUCUGGAAUACCCUUUCCCAGGCACAUUUUUCACUGUGGGAACAGCCUCACAAAUAGGUAUAGCGUGGUAUGAUAUGAGAUCACAGAGAUGACACAGGGUCCUCCCAAGGGAAGGCACAGUUUGGGGGCCUUCUUGGCCUGAGUGCCUUUUCAGAUAUUUCUGUAUGCAAUAGCCCAGAGUCCAGGCUCAGGCAGCCACAUAUAGAGGUUUUCUUCUCAAUGCAGACACAUAUCACUUUCGUAGCACUUGGGGAAUGGAAAUACCUACAAGAGUAAAGGUCAAGGGCUCUCCCUGGGUAGCUCAUUCAUUACUCACUUCCCUCCUACCAAUUUACUGCCAUGUAUGCACCUCGUCUUCAUAGCUUCUGCCUCCACAGAAAUAAAACCAAAGGCUUCAGCAUAUCCUAGGAGGGCCAGGGGCUGUUUCCUGGUGGUCCUCUCUCUGUCCCAUUAUGGUACAAGACACCCUAUCCACACAUUUUGCAUCUCUACUCCAAGAUAACAUUUCCCUUUUUAUAGUUUCUUUACAGCAGAAUUCAGAGUUGGGUUGUGGUUUACCUUUCCUAUAAAACUCAUUAUAUUCGAGUUAACAUUUUGAUGUGAGACUGCGUGGAGUCAGGAUCCUUGGAUGUUGUCAGAAAGUUGUUGCUGCCACAUCUGCCUAGCACACAAGAAACCCUACCCUGAUGUCAGAUCUAAAAAGGGUGGAGGCCUUUAGUUGGGUGAGGCAGUAUUAUUACACACUCCAGCUUCAUGCACUCCCUAGCCUGUCCAAUCAUUUCCAUUUCUUACUGGCUUUUGACCAUGGGGAUUCAAAAGGAAUCCAAGUUCUGCCUGUGUCUGAUGACAUGAAAAAAUUCAUCUUUCUUUACCAAGGGUCUGCCUAUCCCUCCACCAUACCAGUGUUUAGAACCAAAGUGUGAAGGGUUAGUGCCAGCAGGAUAGUGAACAGAAAGAUUGUCUCUAGAUCCAGGCAGAUGAGCCCAGAAGAAUGGCCCCCCAAAAACCAGACUGGCUCCAGUAGAUAGUGGCAGGUAGCCAUCCCAUUAAACACUGACAUGUCCUUGGCAGUAGGAGCCUGGGCUGAAGACCCUGAGGCAGCUGUGCCUGUUGUUCCCAUCUCAAGAUCUUCCUGCCCAGAGAUGGCAGCCCUGGGGUACUAAAGAGUAUGGUACUGGCUUGUUGAGAUGAAACAAGGUGGUUUUGUGGAGACAGUCAGCCACAUGGCAGGCAAGUGGCUUUGUGUCUGGAAAGCUUUGCCUAGCCUGUAUAGGUGUGGCCAGAGGCUGGUUAUAAAUUUGAACACCUUCAUCCCAUUUGUACCUCUGCCUCUGUUCUCUUGCAUUCUGUUUGGUUGCCCUUUAGUUUCCUAGUAAAUGUUCCUUUUGAAAACUCAAACCUUGCGUCAUUGAACUUGGGGAAACAGGAUUCUCCAGCAUCUUUCAAAAGAUAGAGAAGGACACUAAAGUACCUUGAAAAAAAAACCAGAAAUGGCAAUAGAAAGAGAAGCACCUUAAUUAGAUCUUAGGAAGAGACCUUGGAGAGAACUGGCGCCAAGAAAGGAAGAGACCAGGUGCAUUCCCACUUUCCUGGCCCUGAUUUUCUUCCUCUCGCUGCUGUCAUCUGUAAGAAGAUCUGUCCUGGUUGUGUGUUGCUAUUGAAGCACUUUCCUGGCCAGUGAGCUGGGUGUAUCUAUAAGGCAAUGUGAUGUCCAGGAAGUACACUGGGAUGUGAUGGGUACCAGUCAGAAAAAGGAGGGAGAAGAAAGGCAUUCUACAGUGUGGAUGUUUUCGAAAUUGUCUUAGCAAUCAUGACUCCAAGUGCAAUGGUUUAGUCUUCAUGACCAUAGGUAAGCCCAUAUUCCGUAAGUCCCAAGAAGAGAAGAAAAUCAUUCUUUUACACUUAAGACAGGGAAGCUGACAAAAGAUAGAUCUAGAAAAUGGAUUGCUAGGGACCGGGGAUUUAGCUCAGCAGCACUGCACCUGCCUUACAAGCAUAAGAUCCUGAGUUCGAUCCCCAGUUACCUGCCCCCCCCCCAAAAAAAGACUUGGUAUGCUUCCAGUUAUCUAGACCUAUGAUUGUGGGUGUUUCUAUUGCUAUGUAGCAAAGUACCACAAAACAUAGUGGUUUGAAUAGAAAUUUAUUAGCCAGAUGUGGUGCCAUAUACCCACAAUGGAAGCUGAAGUAGGAGGGUCACUCUUAGUUCCAGACCAGCCUAGGCUACAUAGUAAGUUCAGGGUCAGCUUGAACUACAUAGUGAGAUCUUGUCUUAAAAAACAAAAACAAACAAAAAGAAUAGAAAUUUAUUGUCUCUCAUGAUUAUGUGGUUGACUGGGCUUAGGUGAUUGCUCUCACCUGGAAUCUCAUGGUUGCAGCCAGAUAGCACCUGGAACUGGCAUCAUCUCAAUGCCUGAUUGGGCUUGAUGUCAUAUCUGGCUCCUCAAGUGGAAUGACUGGGACAGCUAGAGAAGGGUUGGGUAUCUCUUUCUACAUGACAAGUUUGGGCUUCCUCACAACACACAGUCCCAAGAUGGUCACACUUCUUAGAACUCAGUUGGCAUCUCCAUGACUAGCAUUGCAAGAGUCCAGAUUCUUCUAAGUAAUCUCUGAAAUGACACCAAGUCAUUUCUUCCGCACACUGUGCAUCAAGGCCAAGUCACAGGGACAGCUAGGACUCAAGGGAAGGAUUAUACAAGAGUGUGAUACUGGGAGGUGUGGCUCAUCAGGGCCUCUUUGGAAAGCUGGUGAUGGGAAUGGGAUGGGGAGGUGACUGAAUCAGAGGACUUCCUAAAUAGCUACCUCUUUGAAAGCACGUGCAGUGCUGAACAUGCAUAGAGAAUGGGGAAAGCCCAGGGGGUUGUUGUCCACGGAGAGCUAAACAGCAUGACUGAAGAGAAGCCACUGGUUAUGACUGAUACAGCUUCACGGACAUCACAAGAAACCCUGGAGGAAAACAUGAUUGCUGUCACUGUACUAACUGCCGAAGUGUGAGUUGUCCUUUUUUUUGAGAUGGUUUCACUGGUAGUUCAGGCUGGCCUUGAACUCACUGUGUAGCCCAGACUGCCCUCUAACUUGUUACGAUUCACCUGCCUCAGCCUCCUGAGAGCUGGGACUACAGGGAUGUGCCACCACAUGUGGCACUUUUUUUUAACCUCUUACCUGUGAGCCAAAAUACAGAUAAAAAUGGUAAGUAGAAGUUCUCUGUCCCUGAUAUGAAGACUUCACAAGAAUCACUGUAGCUAAUUAAGAGAGAGGGAUUUUAUCAAGUCUAGUUUGAACUUAACUCUUUGCCAGCUGUCUCCUUGCACCAGGUCUCCACAUCACUAGUGUUGCCACAGUGCUUUUUCCUGCUGCCCCUCCCUCUCCUGCACAAUCCUGCCAUGUGGACUAGCCAAGGUCUAGCCCACUGCUCUUCCCCACCCCCUGGUCUAUUUCUAACUCAUCUACCUGGCUAUAACUUUCCACACGACAUUAUACACAUUGAUUUAAUGAACUGAGAAAAGGACACAAAUAUGGGUAUGUAUGUGACCCAAAAGAAUGCCUGAAAACAGUAUGUGGACCCUGAGAACUCUACAGGCCAUUUAACUGUAUACCCAUGAUGGUCACUUAGAGCUAUUGAGAGUGUCCAGCCUAGGAAUACCCAGCCACAGGUGUUGCUGCCCACACUCAAGGCAGACACGAUGGCUUACCUGUUUCUAGCUGUCCCCUUCCACAUCCCUGUGAAGAGUGACUCUCCCUCACAGGAUCCCUGAGGUUUUUACUGGUACAGGGCACAGCCAGAGGCUGAGUGGUCACUGAGAUCCCUCUGAGACUUAGAUUUUCUGUCUGACAGGAACUCUUGAUUCUUCUCCCUCAAGACCUCUCUCAAGCCAUAGACCCAGUGACACCUGCCACAGAGAUGUGGCUUUGAGAUCUUCUAAGCCAAAGAGAAGCCACUGGCAGUUCAGGGAAUUCUGGCUUGUCUCCAAGAUGCCUUUUCCAGAGAAGAGGCGUGUUUGAAUGGGCAGUUGCAGGAUAGCAUACACUAUCCCACUUUCUCUCCAACUGCAAUCAUUCGAAAAUAAGCCAAGCUUCACAGAAGAAGUGAAAUGUAAAAGGCUGAGGAAAAGAAAGAAAAACAGUCCCACCAGGGAAGACCUGCAGGACAACUCUAAGGAAAACCAGAAAAGAGGUUGGCUUAUAUUCUGGAUGCAGUAGAAGGUGAGUCUUGGUCCUGCUCUCUGAGCCCAGGACAGACAUGAAGCCAGAAGAAGCUCUGACCAAUGUCAUGGACCUCACUGGGCAUCCCUAAUGGCAGAUAUAAAGCUUCCUUUGCUUAGUCUCCUGUGAGAGCAGAUGAGGCCUUUUCCAGGGACCAUGGCAGGAACUCACUUUCUAUUCCCACUCAAAAGGCUUGUCACUUGCUGCCUAGGAUCCCUGGGCAUAGGGGUGGAACAAUCAACUAGCAGUAUGAUUAUCUCUGCCACCUCCCUCCUUAGAGUCUUUCUACUUGGGUCCAGGAGCUCUGAGCCUAGGAAGGAUGCAGCCAAGAUUAAAGGGUUGGGGAACAGCCCUGGAGUCUUAUCAUCUUGAGUAAGCUUCAGUAGCAUCAGGAUCCCAAGCACACUCACGGGCCAAUGCCAGACUUUCAUAGCAAUCAUUCCCGUAAUACCUUCACCUAGUAGGAAACAAAAAGCAGGCCAAAGGACCAUAGAUGCUGUCCUCUGAUGUCAUUGCUGCUGCCUCCCUAAAGUACAUCAUAAGAUAGGUCACUCUGAAAGCUGGAUGAACACUGCCAGACAACAAAGAAAGCAUAUUUACCAAUAUGAGAUAGAUUGAUGAUAAUAACAUUACAUCCUAUAGAAUACAGUAUAGAGCAUUGCCUUUAUCCAUUUUCUUUACAAUUUGACAAUUUAACUUGUGAUUCCAUACAGUAAAGGCAGUUUUUUAAAAGUUAAUUUUUUGGCUCAAUGCUAAAUUUAUUGUAGCUAUCAUCACAUUAAUUCCAAACCAGCAUUUGACAUAGGAAUAUCAAUGGGUUUUCCUAUCAAGUGAACAUCAUCUGCAGGAAAUUGAUUUUCUCAACUUUGAUAAAAUUCUUUUUUCAUGAUGACAGCAUCCAUAGGCUUAAUUUUGAAUUUAAUCCAGAUUUGAACAUAUCAAAAAAUGACAAUUUUUCCAGUUUGCCAAACUCAAAGCUUUCAGAGAAUAAUAAAAUCAUUUCUUCAAAUACCUAAAGAAAUACCCAGAGAAAUUUGUCAGGACUUCAGAAAUGACAUCAUAAACUAUAUAAACUGGUAAAUAAGCCUUCCAAAAGCAGUAAUGAUUUGAAAAGAGUAAUGAUUUGGAAAAUACAUAUUUUUUCCUCAAGGAAAUUUAGAACUAAAUUAAAAAUUUUUAUGCUUAAAGCUUUCACAAAAAUCCUUUAAAAGCAUAUUAAAAAUGUAAACAAAAUUAAAGGCUAAAUAAUGAGAAUCAUUGCAAAAAAUUACACAUUUUAAAAAGAGACAAAUGCAGUAUCCCUGCCUAUAUGCUGUGUCAAUAACUCAGAUUAGACUUUGCGGAGGGAUCGUUGGGUCUUCUGGCCCUAGCAGGGCUUGUGGGCUUCCUUGACCAAAUAGCGAAUCUGUGUCAUGGCUCAAUAUAACAUUAGGUCCACGUGUUCUAGUUUUAUUUCCAGGAUGGAAAGAAUGAAUACAAGAUGUUUUAUUAAGAAAAAUCCAGGCAAACCUGUGCCAAACUCACUGAAGCAAAGGAGGUGUUUUUGCCACCAUUUAAAAAAGGAAGAUGAACAACAAUAUGUUAUUUUCUGAAUUAGAACUUUCGGUGCUAGAAGUGUUUCAACUGAAGCAAAUAUUUUUCUAAAAUGUGUAUUGAUUUCGCCUUGUUCUUUGCAAACAUAGAUGUCAUAUUAUCUUAAGCAGUACUGCUGGUUUUGAAAAUCUGCAUUUGCUUUCAUAAUGAACAAGAGGAUAUUUAAGCUUUGCCUUCUAGUGUUUUCUACACUCAAGAGCCAUGUUGAGGAAGCAGGUGAUCCUGGAGUCCUGACAGGAUGAAGCUGCCUGGCUAGGUGUUGCAGUAGAUCCCUGGGCCCUCGCUGGUGCUGUGGACACCUGCUGCCCCUUCAUGGUGACUGCCUGGGCCGAUGAGACAGCCUUUGCUGUAGCAGUCAGCCCAGCAGCUCAGGCAAACCUCCUGGCUCCAGGCUCAAGACAAUACCAUCUGGCAGCAACUACCAAGGGUUUUGUCUCCUAACUGAAAGGUGUCUUCCUGCUCAAAGUAAAGGACAAAGUAUCCAUGUCACCAAACAGAUAAGAAAAAGCACCGUGGGG